CAAGAAUACAAUGUAGUGAGAUUAUUUCCUGAUAAAAGAACAAAAAUAUUUGACAGUUAUGUAGGAAGGGUUGAGUUUUCUGUACAAAAUCACUCUUUGAUUUUGAAGAAUGUGCAACACAGCGACAGUGGAGAUUACACUGCACUCAUAACUGGGGACAUAAACCAACAUCUAACUGAAUACAAGGUCAUAAUUCAAGAUCCAGUGUCUCCAGUCCAGCUGUCAGUGAACUCUGUGUCUAACAGCAGAGAGUCCUGUAACCUCACUGUGACCUGCAGUACAGAGGACUCUCUCAUCAGCAGCACUUUUAGAUGUGACACCCAAACCUGCAAUCAGGAGGGAGGAGAGCAGUCAGAGGUCACAACCUCUGGUUCUUCUCUCCAUGUCUACUUGUUCAACGACUUCAUCAUCUGUAACUAUAGCAACCAGGUCAGCUGGACCAGAGACAUGAAGGAGAUUCAGUCUCUCUGCUCUCUAACUGCUGGUUCACAGAGUAUCUCUCUGUGCCUGGUGAAGACAGUCGUGUUCUCUGUUGGUCUGAUCAUCAUGGUGUCUGCCGUCAUCAGUGUCCAUCUGAUGGAGAGGCUCAAGAAGCAAGAAUGAAGAGACGACUCUACACCAACAAAUCUGUUAUUCACUUUCUUAUCAAGUAGAACAGCAGACGCCACUGUGCAUGAGUAGGAAUGCAGUUCAGUUUAGAGCUUUGUUUGCUUGUUGUGCUACAUAUCAUAACCUCUUGACUUAGUCAGUCUCUCUUAAUGAAGAGUGUGAUGUUGCU